AAACGGCGUAGCAGGUCGAUCGAUCUUGUGCCAAUUUUAACACCCUACUUUUCUUUAUAAAUAAAGUUUAUCGAAUAUCUCGAUUCACUUCACUCGAAUGUGAUAAAAAAUUUCUGGAUUUGAACAAAAAGAGAUGAAUCAAGUGAAAUCUGAUUUAAACGGGUUGGGGGAGGACCACGUAAAUGAUACAGAACCUAAAUGCCCUUAUUCCAAGACUGAAUCUCUCUCGCAAAAUGGCACUAACGAAUUCAAUAAGUUCCACAUCCUGGACGAAACCGAAGGAAACGACGAAUCCGAUAAUUCAGUCGAUUACGAUUCGGACGUACCAGAUGACGAGAUCGAUCGUAUGCUAGAGGAGGCCCUAGCGAGAAAGAAAAGAAAAGCCGAUGAAGCCGGGUUGGAUGAUAACGAAGACGAGGCCCCUUACGAAGAAAAGAGUAAAGUACUAUUGAUAGAGAAAGGUCAAAAUCACUUCGACGUGCUCCCCGAGGGCUGGAUCCAAGUCACCCACAAUAGCGGAAUGCCUGUUUACUUGCACAAAGUCACUAGGGUAUGCUCUCUUUCUAGGCCGUAUUUUCUAGGUCCGGGCUCGGCCAGAAAACACCACAUUCCCGUAAACGCCGUGCCGUGUCUGAACUAUCGCAAAGCCUUAGAAGAAGAAAAAGACGUCGAGACAACGACCGAAGUCUGCGGCGACAAUAACUUCCCCAACGCGAAAAUCGAGACGGUUCAGGAGAACAUCGAGAUGCAGAACCUCUCGCCCGAGCAGGUCCGCGAGUACUGCGAGAAACUCUUCAAAUUCCAAACCAUGAAAGUGCUCCGAUUCAAGUCGUGGUCGGAGAGGCGGAAGUUCACCAAGAAAUUAAAGCACAUGAAGCAACUGCAAAGGCCGACUCUGCCCGACGGAACGAAACUCAUCACGUUUCCCAUUAGAAACGAGAAUCCGGAGGGCAACACGAACGUCUCGAAAAAGGAGUGGAUAAUGAACCCCACCGGGAAGUCAUAUGUUUGCAUUUUACAUGAAUAUGUUCAGCACGCUUUGAAGAAACAACCUACAUAUCAAUUCACUGAAUUAGAAAACGCUGCUACUCCUUACGCUGCUACGGUUAUUAUCAAAGAUAUGAGAUACGGGGUGGGUUACGGCACCAGUAAAAAGCAAGCGAAAUCCGAAGCUGCGAAAGCGACUUUAGAAAUUCUAAUACCUGAAAUGAAGACUAAAAUACCCGAUGCUGAAUCAGGCGACUCCACUAAAAAAGACAAAGAUCAAGACUUGUCGUUCUUCGAUGAAAUUCGAGUGGAAGAUCCGAGAGUAGCGGAAUUUUGUGCCAAAACCACCGAACCAUCUCCCUACGAUAUAUUACUCACCUGUCUUCAACGCAACUUCGGUUUAGACGACCUGCACAUCAGCUAUCAGGGUAACACCUCGAAAUCACAAGGCAACGAAUUUACAAUGACCGUAGGCAAACACACGGCUACUGUGGCUUGUAAAAACAAGCGGGACGGCAAGCAGCGCGCCUCGCAGGCCAUCCUGCAAGCGCUGCAUCCGAGCAUCAAUUCGUGGGGCUCGCUGCUUCGGCUGUACGGGAACCGGUCGGUGAAGAGCUUCAAGGAGAAGAAAAUGGAGGAGCAGGAGAUUACGUCGUUGCAAAGCAAAGCGGCUGUGAACCAACCGAAUUACGCCAUUCUGAAUAAGCUUAAGAUAGAAUUGAGUAAGUUGAGGGAGAAACGGAAGGCUAUUAAACCCAUUGGGAUAUUGGAUACCGAAGGUACUGGCGGUGUUACCGCCUUGUCGACGUCGAACUUGAAAAGUUUGGAUUUGUGAUGUCGAGACUCCAUCGAUUAAACACCGUUCGGUUGGUGGUAGUUGAAAUGUAUUUUAAAUACAGUUUAGGUAUAAAUUUUAUUAGUAAUUGCUUGGGUUUAAUUCAACUGUAUUAUCUUAUUUUCGAUUUAAUUAGCUAUCGGAACGUUUGUAUUAAGAGUCAUUUCACCAUGAAUUAUGUUGGAUUUUUUGUGUUGAUCUAAAUGGUGAGAAAACGUGAUGAAAUAACUCUUUGAAUAUCUGUAAAUGUACUUUUUACAUAGGUUAAACUUUCCUCUGCAGCUAUUUAAAAAAAGAAAUAUGAAUACUAGUCACAAUCACAAAUUGAACGUUCGAUAAUUUAUAAUUUUAAACGAUUAUUUAAAAACACGUUUUCCCUUUGAAUAAUGUAAUCGUAAUUCUAAAAACGUAAACUAAUCUUAAUUAAGUAGGUCAAUUUUUAAUAUUUAUACGAUAUUGUUUUUUUAUUUUAAUUGUAAGUAAAUGCCAGAGUCGAUUCUUUGGUAAAAAAUUUCAAAAUUACUCGCCUAUAGCAACGUUCACGUUCAUCAAAUUCAUCAAUCAUCAAAUUGUAAUUUAUGUGAACCAC